AAAUAUAGUUGAGAGCGAAGAAUUCCCCAUACAUAUACACAAAUCACACUAUUAUAUAAAAACAGUUGAAAUUUUAUCCGCUCAACGCUGUGCAGUGCAGACGUAUAUAUUUUACCGUGAAGUCGCUACCUAGUGCAAAGUGAAUGAUGGCUGAUCCUGUAGCAAAUGUCAAUAAUGUCUCAUUGUUAACGUAAACAUUGAUCGGAAGCAUCAAUUUUUUCCGCACUCCCAUGCUUUAGACAGAAUCGUCCUGAAGUUGCCUUUAGAAAUGUUGCUGAUGGAACCUCACCUGCGACGACCACACACAUCUUCCAUUAGCUCGCUUCUGAUAAGCGGAAUGCAGCAGCAGCAACAGCAGCCAUCUACGAGUGCGACUGAGUUAUACACCGAACCGAAGAGACUUACGGCACUGGAAACUUAUUUGUCUCAAGGAGUCCAACAUGUCGACUCGAACUCCCCGUUGUACAGUGCUAAAACUUUCGAAGAGCUUAAUCUGAAGACAGAACUACUAAAGGCUAUUUAUGAGAUGAAAUAUAACGCACCCUCGAAAAUUCAGGAACAGGCCCUACCCAUUCUGUUAGCUAAUCCCCCAAAAAACUUGAUCGCGCAGUCGCAGUCAGGUACAGGCAAAACAGCAGCAUUCACAUUGGCACUGCUCAGUCGAGUAGACUCUAGCAAACCGUAUCCACAAGUUUUAUGCCUCUCACCAACUUUUGAGCUUGCACUUCAAACAGAAAAGUUCAUUGCUUCAUUAGCUAAAUACCUUCCUGAUAUUAAACUAAUAUUAGCUACUAAAGGAGAGAAUCUACCAAAGGGUACUCAAAUCAAAGAACACGUGGUGAUUGGUACACCUGGAAAAGUUCUCGACUGGGCGUUAAAGUAUCGCUUUUUCGAUCCCAAGAUGAUCAACGUUUUCGUUCUGGACGAAGCCGAUAUUAUGAUUUCUAUUCAAGGAUAUCAAGAUCAAUGUCUCAGGAUUCACGGACAACUUAAUUUCGCAUGCCAGUUAAUGUUCUUUUCAGCGACAUUUAACGACGAGAUAAUGCUAUUCGCCGAAGCUAUCGUCACCAAUCCGGUAAUUAUUAGGCUGAAAAAGGAAGAGGAAAGCUUAGACAAUAUCAAACAGUAUUACGCAUUGUGCCAAACUUUGGAUGAUAAGUACGAAGCUAUUGAUAACAUUUACGGGGCUAUAUCGAUUGGACAAACAAUUAUUUUUUGUCAUACGAAAAAGACGGCAAAUUGGUUGUCGGAUAAAAUGACAAAAGAUGGCCAUUCUGUUGGGAUACUCUCUGGCGAUUUGACUGUCGAGGAUAGAGUGAGGGUUUUGCAUAGGUUCCGGGAAGGACUUGAAAAAGUGUUGAUUACUACAAACGUAUUGGCAAGAGGAAUCGACGUGGAACAAGUGACGGUUGUCGUGAAUUUUGACAUGCCAGUUGACCAAAAUAACAAAGCGGACUACGAGACUUACUUACACCGUAUCGGCAGAACUGGCCGAUUUGAGAAGAAAGGAAUUGCCAUUAAUUUGAUCGACUCGCAACAUUCCAUGCUAAUCUGCAGAGAUAUUCAGAAUCAUUUUCGAAAGACAAUAGCUCUACUAAACGUCAAAGAUCCCGAGGAGAUUGAAAAGAUAGGAUCCUGAAAAGCUAUCUUAUCAAAAUAGAUGAUCACAGUUUCAUUUGUUCUCUGAUGUGUACUAAGUAUUAUUAAAAGUAAGCUCGAUCACAAUUUGACUGCUACCUCACGUAUAAAUAAUUGAAACUAUAUAUCAAUUACAUAAGGUUUAACUGGGAUAUAGUUAUAUAACUUAACAAUAACGAUCGAAAUGACUAUCCUUUUUAUUGUCUUAAUGAUUUCAUAA